AUGCAGUAUCAAAAGAAGAUAGAAGGGUUGACAAGCUCCCCUCUCCACACCCCGCCAGACCCUCUCAGAUCGCUCUGCACUCCGCUUAUCUGCGUCCACCAUUGCUACCGUCCGGUAGACAGCAAAGGCUUUGAUGAAUACAUGAAGGAAAUAGGAGUGGGCAUGGCUCUGCGAAAAAUGGGUGCAAUGGUCAAACCUGAUUGUAUCAUCACUACUGAUGGCAAAACACUAAGGAUCAAAACUGAAAGCACUUUGAAAACAACACAGUUUUCUUGUAACCUGGGAGAAAAGUUUAAAGAAACUACAGCUGAUGGCAGAAAAACUCAGACUUUCUACAACUUUACAGACGGUGCUUUGUUUCAACAACAGAAGUGGGAUGGGAAGGAGAGCACGAUAACACGAAAACUGGAAAAUGGGAAAUUAAUUGUGGAAUGUGUUAUGAACAAUGUCACCUGUUAUCGGACCUAUGAAAAAGUAGAAUAA